CCAGCCUGGAGCCCCGAGAGCCACGGGAAGGAAUGAGGCUGCUGCUGGCUUUCUUCGGGGUCCUGCUGGGCGCACCUGGGGCUCCGGCCCUGCCCCUCGAGGCCUCCGAGGAGGUGGAGCUGGAGCCCUGCCUGGCGCCCGGCCUGCCGCAGCGGGAGCAGGUGCUGACCGUGGCCCUGGGGCAGCCAGUGCGGCUGUGCUGUGGGCGGGCUGAGCGCGGGGGCCACUGGUACAAGGAGGGUCGUCGCCUGGCACCUGCCGGUCGGGUGCGAGGCUGGAGGGGCCGCCUGGAGAUCGCCAGCUUCCUGCCCGAGGAUGCUGGCCGCUACCUCUGCCUGGCCCGAGGCUCCCUGGCUGUCCUGCACAACCUCACCUUGGCCGUAGAUGACUCCUGGACCUCCAGUAAUGAUGAGGAGGACCCCGAAGCCCAUGGGGGCUCCUCGAAUGGGCCCGUCUACCCCCAGCAAGCACCCUACUGGACGCACCCCCAGCGCAUGGAGAAGAAACUGCACGCGGUGCCCGCCGGGAACACCGUCAAGUUCCGCUGUCCGGCUGCGGGCAACCCCACGCCCACCAUCCGCUGGCUCAAGGAUGGGCAGGACUUCCACGGGGAGAGCCGCAUAGGAGGCAUCCGGCUGCGCCACCAGCACUGGAGCCUGGUGAUGGAGAGUGUGGUGCCCUCGGACCGCGGCACGUACACCUGCCUGGUGGAGAACGCCAGGGGCAGCAUCCGCUACAGCUACCUGCUGGACGUGCUGG